UAAUACAGUAUAACAAAAAUGCAUAAUUUAUUAUAAGGCUUUACAUGAAGCAGAAGGCCUAGUUUACAUAUCGUACUGUAUGUAGCUGGAUCACAUCGAUGCGCAGCAUUACAGGCUAAAAAUUGUUCCAGUUAUUCUCUCUCAGAUCUAAAUGAUGGGCAAUGAAUGUGGGCAGGUCCCUCUCCGCUCUCCACUCAACACCCGGAUGUGUGCGGCACUUCGAGCGCAUAGUAGAAUAACUGGAUCCAGAUAAUAGACUAUUUGAUGGGAAUCAGAUCGCGGAUUACGACAAAAAAAUGAAAUCAACUGAAUUGGUGACGUUUUGGAAUCACUGAUAGAAUGGAGGACGAUCUGGUGUCAGAGGAUGAUAUCUUGCUCCGGUCGGAGAAGGAAUUCCACGAUGCAGCGAAGAGGAACGACACGGACAAAAUGCGGGAGCUGAUGAAGAAAGGGGUGGACAUCAAGGCCAAAAACAAAACAGACCGUACAGCGCUGCACUGGGCGGCGGGGGCUGGGAACGAGCAGGCUCUACGUCUGUUACUAGACCAUAAUAAUGAGAUGGAUGAGGAGGACAGUUUUGGUAUGAAUGCUCUGCUGCUGGCAGCCUGGUUCGGUCGCCUGAAGAUCCUACAGAUCCUCGUGGCCGCUGGAGCAAAGCUCAACUGUGAAAACAAAAAUGGGCUGAGCCUGCUGCACUGUGCCGCCCAGCGGGGUCAUAGCAGAGUGCUGGAGUUCAUCAUGGAGGACCUAGUAGAGGACGUACUGCUGGACAGGGUGGACAAGUCUGGGAAGACAGCGUUUCACCUGGCUGCAGAACAUGGACAACUAGAGGUGGUGGAGUUCCUCAUCGGUAUGGGCUGCACUCAUGGCCUCAAGGAUAAGGAUGAAAACAUGGCCAUGCAUCUAGCAGCCAAGCACGGACACAAAGAGGUCCUGCAGAAGAUAGUGGAGACAGGAGUGGACAUUGACGAGAGAAACAUAGACGGACUGACAGCUCUGCACCUGUCCUCUGAUGGAGGUCACUAUGAAUGUGUCAAGCUACUGCUGGAAGCCUGCUGUAACGUCAAUGCGCUGACAAACAAUAAUAUGAAUGCCCUCCACUACGUGGCCCAGCAUGGCUUUGAGAGAGAGGCCAGUCUGCUGCUGGAGGCAGGCAUCAACACAGACACUGUGGAUGGCCAACACACAUCCCCUCUUCACAUCGCGUGCUCAACAAUCACACCGAGGUAGUAACGGCUGCUAAUAGACGCUGAAUGUGACCUGGACAUAUCUGACAAUAGGCUCCAGACAGCCCUGCACAUCACAGCAGAGCAUGGCAGACAGGAUGUCGCUGAAAUGAUCCUCCUAGCUGGGGUUAACCUCAAACUACUGGAUAAGCAGGGGAAGACUUCUCUGGAGGUGGCAGCCAGAGGAAACCAUGUAAUCUUAGUGGACAUGAUUAUCAAAGCAGACCGGUUUUACAAGUGGGAAAAGGACCACCAGGUUGAGACCCAGCACCUGCGCUCUGUCAUUUGGAGGCUGGCCACCAAGUACCUGUCCCGCGGGGAGUGGAAGACCCUCGCCCAGCACUGGGGCUUCACGGAUGCACACAUCCGCGCCAUAGAGCAGCAAUGGACAGGUACAAAGAGCUUCAAGGAGCAUGGGCACCGUAUGUUGCUGAUCUGGCUGCAUGGAGUAGUCAUCGCAGGGGAGAACCCAAUCAAAGGCCUGUAUGAGGGACUGGCGGGGAUCUCCAGGACCGACCUAGCUGAAAGCAUCAGACAGAAGGCAAAUGCAGACACAAGCUCUCCCAAGAAAUGCACCGCCAUGUGAACAAGUCCAUCCUGAAACACACUGCAGGAAUAAAUGGCAUUCCAGGGUUCAAAACUAAAAAUAGUGGCUGCAACAAAGUUAAUACACUGAACAAACAUGUAAAGGCAACAUGUAAAGGGUUGGUCCCAUGUUUCAUGAGCUGAA